CACCACCACCACCACCACACCACCACCACCACUACCACAGUCACACACGCUCCUCCCUUCCUGUCAGUUCCUUCCGUCUCUCCACCACACACACCACCCCGGACCAGCUGCAGUGCAAAGAUGCGAGUGACGAGGGUGGCGGCAGCGGUGGUGGUGGCGGUGGUGGUGGUGCUGCUGGGGGUGGUGCAGGAGGCGGAGGCAUUCGUGGGGUUCGGGAGUGCGGUGCCGGGUGGGUUCAUCUCCUACAUGUGGUGGAUCUAUCUGGGAGCUAUGGGCGUGGCGGUGUACAAGAAGAAGCUGGUCCGGUACAAGGAGAGAAGACGAAUCCUGCUGGAGGCGGAGGACGAGAGACAAAGACAGAAGGAGGCUGCUGGAGAGGUGCCCAUCCCUGAAGAGGAGCCCUAUGACCCUUACUACAGCUACGCGAUUCCCCUUGUCCCUCACGACGACUCACGCUCACUCAACGACCUACCUGACGAAGACCAGCGCGAGGAGGACCUAGAGAGACUACUACUGUCCAUCGCUACCUAUCUGGAUGAGUCUGGCUGCUCCCUCAAGCUUCUGUGUCACCUGAGGGAGAGGCCACAGCAGGAACGGUCACUGGCGGAGGAUGGACUUGUGGAGCUCUUCAGUAACGGUACAGCACAGGUCUUAUGCACACAGGCGUUCCCGUCGUGUGGCCUGCAGAAGGAGCAACUCAGGGGUGUGUUUGCUCUCACCACAAGUCUGAUUGGUGGUGCUCUUCAUUUGGUGCCCUCGUGGGUGUAGUGUUGUGGCGUUGUGGCGUUGUGGUGUUGUGGUGUUGUGGUGAGGUUUUUUUUACUUAACUAAACGUAAGAGUGGGAAUGUUAUGUUUUCUUGUUUUUUUUUUCUCUCUUUUCUCUCUCUCUCUUACCUUUCUCUUUUCUUCUUCCUCUUUUUCUCUUUCUUUUCAGUUUUUUUCUUUAUUUGAGGAGUUAUUAGGAUUUGUUUUGCAU